GCCAGACCAGAUUCAGCCCGCGCCGCAUCGACUGGCUGAGCCUGCAGCCUCUCUCUCCCUCUCACUCACUCUCACUCACCUCGUCGAGCUCCGAGCUCCGACUCCACAUCCACAUCCACGUCGGCGGCGGCGGCGCGAGCGGUCAGACCUUUGGAUUGAAUGCGACGACGACGACCCGGUCGAGCCGGUUGACCGAUUGGCGAUUGCGUGUUGCCUUGUUACCGACUCUGAUUGGCAUUGUCACUAUACUAUUGCCAUCAAUCUCAUCUCGCCAUAGUCCUAAUCACGGUCAUCAUCAUCGACCCAGAAACCUCGCAGCAGAGACGAAGACGCACCGCCGCAACACAAUCACAAUCGCAAUCCACAGCCAUGCCGGACAAUGCCGCCAUCCCACCCUUUGCGCAGGCGACUGCUGGUGCAAUGGGAAGCCUCGUAUCGAACAGUAUCGUCUAUCCUCUGGAUCUCGUCUCCACGCGGGUCCAGACCUCCCCUUCUGCCUCUCGAGGGAACGCCAAAUCAACGUCAACCUACGGUGCUCUAGCGGAGAUAGUUCGGCGCAAGGGGAUCUCAGGGCUCUAUCAGGGGUUGGGGACGGAUAAUCUCUCGAAUACGCUAUCCAAUUUCCUCUUCUUCUUCUUUCGAGCAGCAAUAGUUGCUCGACUGGUGCGACCCUCCCCCUCAUCGUCCUCAUCGUCAUCCAAACGCCCACCCCCCACCUCGUUGAGCCCCGCCCAAGACCUGGCAGCCGGAGCCUUGGCCGGUAUCCUCUCUCGGGCCUGCACCACUCCGCUCAGUAAUGUGACCGUGAGGAAACAGACUCAUUCCAGUUCUACUUCGGCGACCAAGGAGAAGGGGAAGGGGGAGGGAAACGAGGGAGAAGACGAUUCCAGUGACGACGAGGAGACGCAGUACGAGGACGAGCCUGCGCUUUUGGAGAUAGUCCGCGAGAUAGUAAAAGACAAGGGUGUGCUAGGCCUCUGGUCCGGCUUCCCCGUCGCCACCCUGCUAAGCAUAACACCCGCCCUAACCUUCUACCUAACCAACAUCCUAACCCGUCUCCUCCUCCCAACCGCAUCCCGCCAAUCCCCCAGCCCAGCGCAAACCUUCCUCCUCUCCGCGCUAGGAAACGCCCUUUCCACCUCCCUGCUCUACCCUCUCAUCCUAGCGAAAACCCUCCUCCAAUACCGUGAUCCGAGGGGACGUAGAGUCUACAAGGGGCUCGUGGAUGUGUUGCGUGGCACGAUUAGGAGGAGAGGGGUGAAAGGGUUGUACAAGGGGUUGGAGAGUCAGUUGGCUAAAGGGGUUACGGCGCAUGGGGUUACCAUGGUUGUGAAGGGGAGGGUGGAGGAGGGAUUUGUGCAGGCUUAUUUGGCCGCGAAGAGGAGGGGGAGGGGAGGUGAGUGAUCCUGCGCGGGGGAGGAGAGGAGAGGAGGAGUGGACUUCGCUGCGAGGCGGUGAAACGUGACGAUGAUGGUGACGAUAAUGCCCGCUUGAAUAGAUACCUGACCUGCAUCGCCUCGCUACGAAUCUGUCUGGUCACGCUCAUUGGGGGCCACGUCGCUCACGCUGCUCGCUCACGCAUCGCAUCUGGGAAUCGGCUAGCUCAUUGAAAAGGAUCAAG